AUGAGUCCAAUAACAUCGUCAGUUGCUAGAACGGCUCAAUUAGCUGCACAAGCCGUUAGAUAUAACAAACCAUUAUCAAAAAUUGGUCAACAAUCGGCUUUAAGAAUGUCAUUCCCACUUUCACAAACAUCAACCAGAUUAAAUAAUUCCAAAUCCGGUCCACAAGAAAUGACUGUCAGAGAUGCAUUAAAUUCUGCAUUAGCCGAAGAAUUAGAUAAAGAUGAUGAUGUUUUCUUAAUGGGUGAAGAAGUUGGUCAAUAUAAUGGUGCUUAUAAAGUCAGUAGAGGUUUAUUAGAUAGAUUUGGAGAAAGAAGAGUAAUUGAUACGCCAAUUACUGAAAUGGGUUUCACUGGAUUAGCAGUUGGUGCUGCAUUACAUGGAUUAAAACCAGUUUUAGAAUUUAUGACAUUCAAUUUUGCAAUGCAAGCUAUCGAUCAAAUAAUAAAUUCUGCUGCUAAAACAUAUUAUAUGAGUGGUGGUAUUCAACCAUGUAAUAUUACUUUUAGAGGUCCAAAUGGUGCAGCAGCAGGUGUAGCUGCUCAACAUUCUCAAUGUUAUGCAGCUUGGUAUGGUUCAAUUCCAGGUUUAAAAGUAUUAUCUCCAUAUUCAGCUGAAGAUUAUAAAGGUUUACUUAAAGCCGCCAUCAGAGAUCCAAAUCCAGUUGUAUUUUUAGAAAAUGAAAUUGCAUAUGGUGAAUCAUUCCCAGUAAGUGAAGAAGUAUUAUCAUCAGAUUUCAUUUUACCAAUUGGUAAAGCUAAAAUAGAAAGAGAAGGUACUGAUUUAACUAUUGUUGGUCAUUCAAGAGCAGUUAAAUUUUGUAUGGAAGCUGCAGACAAAUUGAAAGAAGAUUACGAUAUUAAUGCAGAAGUUAUUAAUUUAAGAUCAAUUAAACCAUUAGAUGUACCUACAAUUGUUGAAUCAAUUAAAAAGACCAACCAUUUGAUAACAGUAGAAAAUGGAUUCCCAUCUUUUGGUGUUGGUUCAGAAAUUUGUGCUCAAAUCAUGGAAUCAGAAGGAUUUGAUUACUUAGAUGCUCCAGUUGAAAGAGUUACCGGUUGUGAAGUUCCAACUCCAUAUGCUAAAGAAUUAGAAGAUUUUGCUUUCCCAGAUACAGAAGUUGUAUUAAGAGCUUCAAAAAAAGUUUUGGGUUUAUAA